GGAGGCGGGCGGGAGCAGCGCUCCGCCCGCGGGGCCGGGCGGGCCGGGGUGGUGGGAGCCGAGGACAAAGGUGACCGUGCGGGAGCCGUGUCCCAAAGCCCCCUCGCACCAUCCGGCCCCGGAUCCAGCGCUGUCACGGCCACCACGGCCACGCGCGUGUCGUUGAUGCUGGUGACCGCCGCAGACCGGAGGUAAAGUCCAGGGCUGCUGCCAGCACGAACAAAAAGGCGAUGGUUCGUUUCCGUGCAAUUAAGGCGCAGCGCUGAGCACCCUCUGUCCCCGCAGGGCGCGGAGCCAUGAAGCUGAACGAGAGGAGCUUGGCCUUCUACGCCACCUGCGACUCCCCGGCCGACAACGCCGGCUUCCUCUACAAGCGCGGCGAGCGGCACACGGCCUAUCACCGCCGCUGGUUCGUGCUCAAGGGCAACAUGCUCUUCUACUUCGAGGAGCGGGACAGCCGGGAGCCCGUGGGCGUCAUCGUGCUGGAGGGCUGCAAUGUGGAGCUCUGCGAUUCGGCCGAGAAUUUCACCUUCGCCAUCCGCUUUGGCGGCAGCAAGUCCCGCACCUACGUGCUGGCGGCGGAGAGCCAGGCGGCCAUGGAGUCCUGGGUGAAGUCGCUGUCCCGAGCCAGCUUUGACUACAUGCGGCUGGUGGUGCGGGAGCUGGAGAAGCAGCUGCAGGAGAUGAGCCGGGGGCUGGCCGGAGGAUGUGGGGGCUCCCAGGACGCUCCCGGCCCUUGGAAGCCGAAGCCAUCGGCGCUGGAGCAGUCCCGGGAUCGGCUGCCGGCUCUGCCCGCCAUCCUGCCGAAGGAGAACGGCUGUGCAGUGUGGAACAACGUGCUGGGGACGGACCGGCCACCCGGCACCUCUGGCUGCGGUGGGCAGGAUGAGGAGGGGACGCCGCGGCCGCCGCCGCUGCCGCCGCGCCGGCGGGUGUCGAACGGCGAGGCAGCGAGCGCCGGGGCGGCCGUGGCAGAGAGCCCGUCCACCUUCUGCCGGCUCCACGAGCAGUACAGCCGGGAGGUGGCCCGGCUCCGGCAGGACUGGCAGCAGAAGCGGCGUGGCCCCCCACAGCCCUGAGCGGUGGCUGAGCCCUGGGAACCUACCAGGAGUUGGGGUAGGGUGGAGGUGGCCAUCCUUGGUGAUGGCCCUGUCCCCUCCUCACCCCGGGACGUGCAGACCUGGCUGUGGUGGUGAUGGACACCUGCUGGUGGUGCCAGCGAGGGCUGGGCACCAAGGGACACCAGUGCUGCUCUGUGGUGGUGAAAUGGGCACCCUAUGGGUACCCUCCAGCCAUGGCCCCAUGUGGGUUUGGGGUGCUCCACUCAGCACAAGCAAACUACAAACCACUCACUGACUGAGGCCUCCUGGAAAUCGACCUCUGCUCAGGCUCUCCUGGGGCCUCUGGGUGCUCUUGCAGUGGGAUCACGCCUUGACAACUUCUGGAGGAGGACUGUGAUGGGAUCUCGCCUGCCUGAGCUCCCGUGUGGGUUCCACAGUGGAGAGCUUGCCACAGACUUCCCCUCCUGGCCCAUCACAAGGCUGAGGUCGGCUGAGCUCUGCCAGAUCCCUCUGCUCCAGCAGGAUGUGGUUUGAAAUGAAAAUAUCAGUGACUGCAGCCCUUCCUUAACGGCAGCAGCAGCUCCGCACGCUCCGGGGAGCUGGUGACACCCAACCCCAGACAUUUCACAGGGAGCAAUUGCUGCUUGCAGCCUGGAUGGUGAAUAUGGGGGGUUCAGACCCUGGGGGAGUUCAGCAGCUGCAGGCACUGCUUUGCUGGUGGGUAUUUUGGGACAGCACAUCAUGCCUGUGCCAGCUCACUAAGGGGAAGCAUCGCUCGUGGUGGCAAAUGGGAACGUGUGUGUCAGCAGCAGAGCGUGAGGAAUGAUUCAUGUGCCAAACCAGAGCAAAGCUGGUGUCUCAUGCCUGUGUUUCUAUCUUAUUUCCACAUCAGAAACUCAGGCUGCUGGCCCAGAGGUGGGGUGACCCACCCUGGAGCAGAGGGGAGCAGUCAGGGUGCCCUGGCUUAGGGCUGGGUGGCUCCGGCUCCCUUUGCUCCCUUGGGACAGGCACAAGAGUUUUCUAUAAUAAAAGUUGUUUUAGAACUUC